AUGGAAGGAAGUGUCGUUUACCCAUUCAAUGGGAUGAAGCUGGUGAAUGUAGGUAUCUUAGACUUGAAGUUGUCCAACGAACGAGUAUCCCCAAUGAAGGGAAUUCAGAGGUUUGGGAAGAGGGGAAAGUUGAGUCCCAGGUUUAUUGGUCUGUUCGAGAUUCUCGAGAGAGUAGGUCAGGUAGCUUAUCGGUUGGCUUUACCUACUGCUCUAUCUGGGGUUCAUAAUGUGUUUCAUGUCUUGAUGCUUCGGAAAUACGUAUUCGAUACAACUCGUGUACUAAGUUAUGAAGAUAUCGCGCUUCAAACCGACCUGUCAUAUGAAGAACAACCAGUACAGAUUCUGGACAAGAAGGAAAAGGUAUUGCGGAACAAGACUAUUCCGCUAGUUAAAGUGCUAUGGCAGAACAGCCAGGUUAAAGAAGCGACUUGA